AAGCCUGGUUUCCAUAUGACGCCGACGUCGGCAAAGUAUUAUUGUCGGUGAUUACUGAUGAGUGAAAUCUUUUGUCUUUCUGAAAUCAUUUUCUCCUUGGAUGAUUACAGACAAUGAGUCGGCGACAGGUCGGCGUCAUAUGGAAACCAGGCUUUAGUGUUUCCAGGCUUCCAGUCACAGUGGAGAUGCUUUGGAUUUUGGAAGUUUGUAUAGUUGUACCAAAAGGAAAAGGAAAAUUAGUGAUGUCGGGUUCAUUGUCUUACGACUUCCUUGUAUAAGACAAAAUUCGGAUCUACGUCAACAAUUUCCAGCAAUGCACAGAUAUAUACAGGGUGAUACAGCUCAUGCUGCAAAUAUUUCUAUUCUUGUUAGCCUGCCAAAAUGUGUCUUAGUUUUUUCUUGUUUUGACUACAUCAGCCGAAGAAGGUUAUUUCAAAUGAGUUUUAUAUUGGCCGCAGACAUUUCCUGACCUUUAUAACAACACGAAGAAUCUAGCCAAAAAAUCGUCAUCUGUAAUCAUCGCUUCCUGGAGAUCUCUAACUGUGUGCAUGCUAAACACGGUAACAGACAAAUCAAUUGUUAAGAUAACACAGACGAAUCCUCGGCAGAAUCCUUUUGAUACAUUUCCAAUACUCCUAAUAAUUUGCCUCGAAAAUGGCGACCAUACAAAGAAGAAAUGACAUCAAUUCUUGCGGCGAAAAUUGGUCAGAUUAUGACAGUUACUCCAGUGGCAGUGAUGAUGAUUUGGUGCACGACGAAUCAAGUGUUCCAGCCAGUGCUACCACUGCCCACAACCUUCGUAAUGAAACCAUCAGCCUUGCAAACAAUUCGAAAGUAUUGAGUGAUUUUAGCUACCGUAUCUCUGGCAUCUGGAAACAGGUUGGUCGAAAUUUACAUGUGAAAGAAUGCAUCAUUGAAAAUAUCGAAAACGACUAUUCCUGCGAUGGCACAAGAGAGAGGGCUUAUCAAAUGCUGCUGUGGUGGAGCCGUAGUCGCGGUAGCGACGCUAGAGAAGAGGAUUUGUUAAACGCAAUCGCAUUAUCAGAGAGUCAGAAGACUGACAGCGAGCGAGCCAUGAAGUUGCAAAAGAAAAGCAAGAUGAAACUAGAGAAGAUGGCCUUAAGAACACUGCAAAAUGCUUGGCAUUUUUACCAAGGUCGUGUUCAGGAAGUUGAACGCCUACAAAACGCUGAUUUUCAAGAGCAAGAGGCACAAGAGAUGCAGAGUAAACUACAAAAGAUGGAUAAAGAUAUUAUCCAAGGAAAAUUAGAUUCACUUCAAUUACAAAUUAGCAGUUUACAAGAAAAGAAAUGUUCCGAUACAGAUCAACUAUUUCGAGUGAUUGCGGAUAGAUUGUAUGAAAUAGACAAAACAUUUAAGCAGUUUAACGAUGCACUUGAACUCUUGGAUGAAUUACGAGUUUCUUACUAUUCACAAAUCGAGUGCACUUUUGUUGGCCUCUGUCGUUUUCGACACAUCAGAUAUCCUCGUUUCAGUUCAAGUGUUAAACAUACUGAAAUAUCAAUGAAGCAAAACGAGGAAUUGGAGGAUGACGUAUUUCAGGAAUGGUCAGAUCAAGAACAAGGAGAGCUCAAUGAAUCUACACCAUCUUCCAAGAUGAGGAGAAACACACCGAGCAGAUCCUCUUUAAGUAGUUUGUUUCGCUAUUUAACUCGCGACAAAUCCUCUCAGCGUCGCACCCACCCCCACUUGGGUCAGGAAGAACACACUAAGCGCAAACUCGGCGUCUCGAUUACAGACAUCGAUGAACAAAUUUCGAUGGAAGAAUUUCUGUCAAGGUUUUGUCCUAGAUAUCGACGGGACAGACCAUUUAUCUACAGCCAUUGCUGUAUGAAUCCUCCCCGUCCUUUAUCCUCUAUUGAUCCGAGUAUCCUGCCUAUCCCUCGCUAUCAAUCAACCGAAGCAAUAAUAUCACUAGUUACUAGUCCUUUCAGAAGUCACCCAUCCGGAGGUUUUGUCAACGUGGCCAGCUAUUGGAUAUAAAAUUGAAUUGCCCACCCUAAAAGCAGGGAGGGACGCUGCAGCGUUAUCAUACAAACAUUUCAAUGACUUUUUAAUGCAUUUUUGUUACAUAAUUUAAAGAAUAGUUUGCACAUAGCUUUUAUGGAAAUGAGAAAAGUACUUAUAGAAUGAUAUGGUCAUUCUUUUCUUUUUUGUCGCACUAAUUGCGCGCAGUCCAGAUCAGAAAUUUUUUUUAUCAUUUUUUAAACAUUUAUUUGUUAUUUAUUUUGUCCUUUUUUCAUUUCCAGUCGAGCCUAGCUGAAGGCUUGUUUAAUUGUAACUAGGACUGAAUUAGAACGUCCAAAUCAGCAACAUAUUUUCAGACCACAAAAUAGUGUCUUUCACAAUAAAUCAUCCACAGAGAUACAAAAUAUAUAGACCAAGCCUGAUUCUUAUAUAGACCUAGCCUGAUUCUUCGCUCACGACAGUUGCUCAAUAAACACAGUUGUGGUUCUCGUAGAUCAUUAGUUACCGUAUAAAACUUUUAGUAUUAUCUCAAGAUCUUUUUUGCCGAAAUUCGCUUAAUAUUCCUUCUUGAUGUACGAGCAAGAAUAUAAUCCACUACUCCACUAAAAUAUUCAUGAGCACUGCAUAAAACUCCUUUUUAAGCGCAGCUGCCGUUAUUUGCCAUCGUAUAAGCGAAGAGGUCGCGAUCAUGGAUUUACGGAGAAUAAUUUUGAGCGUUUCAGUUUUGGCAAUCCUAAUCCUGGUAGCUGUACACGACGUCGAGGCGAGAGGAUCUCGUACUUCAAGUCGCGCACGAAGCCGUAAACCCACUUCAAAAAAAUCAUCGAAGUCAGACGGAGCGAAAACAAAGUCAAGGACGGAGCCAAAGGUAAAGACAUUUCAUUCAAGUGUCAAACGCAGCGAUAUUACUACGAAGCAGAAGCCUUUUAAUCAACGAUUCACUAGCGUUGCUGCUAGCGCAGUUAUUAUCCACACUGUUCAGCGAAAUAUAAUUUAUGGCAAACGUUAUCGUCCGUAUUAUGACUCAUCCAAUAUCGAGAUCCCGAAAGAUCGUGCACUCAGGAUGAAAACAGAAAGAUACUACGUGCAAACAAGAAAUGGAAGUCGUUGCGGUAGUAAUGCAUCAAGAUUGGUUCAGUACAAUGAAACAGACAUCUUCAACGUCGCAACAAAGAUUACCUACCUGAGAGCAAAGAAUGUAACUGGCGAUUUGAAGACUAUUCAACCGGUUGAGAUGUCGGAUCCGAAGCGAACGAAUCUGACGGUGUCUGCGGAAGCCCUCGACGAUUAUGUUGUCCACUUCAGGAUCCUCGUAACCUUCAACAAUAGUAUUUUGACAAAUUCACCACCGUCACCUACCACAACUCUAGCUUCGCCAUGGAAUUCAACUAUGCCUAGCCCUAGGAAUACAACCUCAUCUUUGUCGUCCAACAGCACCGCAGAUGAUUUGAAUAAUUGCAAAGUCAUGGUCUACGAAGCCGAAGCCUAUGUUGUGGAGAUCGCCGCCGGCUCAGUCGCGCUUAAAACCAAGGAAAACUUCGUGUUCAUUCUUUCUGCGAUGUUCUUGAGUCUUAUAGCCAUAAACUGAUGAUAUAAAUGUCUUAAAUAAGUACUCGUUUCUGUAGAUAAAGGGAUAUAAAAAUGAAAAAGGCCUUUCAAGACCACCAUGCAGUCUCAUUAGUAAGAGUUCAUUAGAUGAACACAUUAAAUAUACAACGCUUAACAACCUCGCCGGCUGUUUUUUCCUAAUGAAAUUUUGAAACAGCAGAGGUGUAAGUUUCAUUCCUGCUGGAGAUCUCAGUUGGAGUGUUAGAUGUAGUUGCCAAGUUGCAGGUUUGGUGUUUUUACCGCUUGCUCUUGACGUUUGAAGUCUGAUAAUCUUUAAAUGUUUUGCAUGUAGGCUGUAGCUAAUUUUACAUAGAUCUAAAUGACAUUUGUCGUCUUGUCGUGUACUAGAGAGU